AUGGCUCAUAGACGAUUCGGUGCAUUUUAUGCCCGAUCAUUCGAGCGAAGACCAUGGCUAACGCUAGCGAUUGCUAAUGGAACCUUGGGAGCAUUGGCUGAUACGUUAGCACAAACAUUGGAGAAGUAUAAUGGCAAGCCAGCCAAACAAAUACCAUCAAAAGAGGACGUCACUCAAAAAUUAGAAGGAACACAAAGUCAAUGGGACUUCGCUAGAACAAGUAGAUUCUUCGCCUUUGGUGUGGGUAUGGCACCUCUUUUGGCCGAAUGGAAUAAAUGGAUCGAACAUCGAUUCCCACUACGAUCUUCAGUAGGAGCAGUAGCCGGUAAAGUCAGUUUAACAGCUUUGGGAAAACGUGUGGCAGUUGAUCAAAUUGCCUUUGCCCCUUUUGGUCUAGUCUGCUUCGUUGGAGCGAUGGGUUUCAUGGAAGGUCGUUCAGUCCAAGGCGUUGGUCAAAAGUUCGAUGAGAUGUACAUGUCUGCUUUAUUGGCUAAUUGGCAAGUUUGGCCUUUGGUUCAAACAAUCAACUUUCGUUUCAUGCCUUUACGUUAUCGUGUUCCAUUCACAGGAGCAAUCGGAAUCGCUUGGCAAGUAUUCUUAAGCAUCUUGAAUGCUAGCAGGAAUAAAGUUGGAACGGUAGAGCAAGGCAAGAUUGGUAGGUAUCUACGAUGA